GUAAGAAAGAAGGGUGUCCUUUGUUAUUUAAGAUAGGUGAUGGUUCAUUUUGCAAAUAACUCUUAACACUGGCUAUUAUAUUGGGAUUACAGAGGCAUAUAUCAACGUCUUCCAUCUUCACUUGGAGUCUUGGAGAUCUCAUCAAACAAAUUAGCAAACCCUUUUGAUUCAUUGACUUGUACACGAUCAAAAAAAUGGCUACAACAGCAGUAAACCUACCAAUUCAUGAGCACCCUCUUUAUCCUUCAGCUCGAUGUAUUAUAGGUGAAUGUGAUGGCUGCCAUGUAAAUGGUUACAUGUACAACGGCUACUUUUGCAAUGAACCUUUCUGCUUUAUUUGGUUCCAUAAAGAGUGUGCUGAGGCCCCAGCGGAGAUCAGCCAUAGUUCCCACCAUCAACAUCCUCUCCUGCUCACCAAUGACUCGAUUGAUGGUCCUUGUGAUCUGUGUGGACAGAAGCUAUUGCCUCCUUGUUACAGUUGUUCCACAUGUGAGUUCAAGGUGGAUUUGACUUGUGCGAUGAAACCAUCACCGCCUGCUAUCGAACAUCCGCUGUGUCAUCACCAUUCACUUGUCUUCUUGAAGAAACGAGAGGAGAAGGUGUCAUGUGAAUUGUGCAAGGAUUCUAUUGCCGGACCAUCCUAUUCGUGUCUUGAAUGCGAUGUGUACUUCCACGUGAAUUGCAUCCAGCUCUCCAAAGAGGUAAAUCAUCCUUGUCAUUCUGCUCAUCCUCUCAAGUUAAUCCCAUUUGAGUCACUUACGGAUGAUGCCGAGACAACUUGUCUUUUAUGUGGAAAGAAGCCAGCUGAAAAUAUGCUUUAUCAUUGUUCGGUUUGCAAUUUCACAUCGUGUCUUGGUUGUACCAAAAACCCACCACUCCUCGUUAUUGAGCAUAUCAAGACCCACAAACACCCACUUAUUCUCUUUCCUAGAAGAAUCCCGUGUAUCUGUGACAUUUGUGGGAAGAAAUGCGAGUUUGCGGUGUAUGUAUGUCCUCAGUGUGAUUUUGUUACUGCAAGAGGGUGUAUCGACUUAGCUCGUGUCAUCAAUAUCAAUCGCCAUGAUCAUCGCAUUUAUUUAACUCAUCAUCUCGGUACUGGGUAUUCGAAAUGCGGAGUUUGUCACGAAAAUGUAAAUCAGUACAAGGGGGCUUAUUCUUGCUCUGUUUGCCCUCACUAUGCUGUCCAUUCUACAUGUGCCGUGAGAACUGACGUAUGGGACGGGGUAGAAUUGGAAGGGACCACUGAGAUCACAGAAGACAAUUCACCAUUCAAGGUGGUGGGUGAUAACUUGAUAUGCCAUUUUAGUCAUGAAGAGCAUCCUUUAAGGUUCCAGAAGGACGACGUCUUCAUUCAUGAUGAGCACAAACGAUGUGCAGCAUGUAUCCAUCCUCUUGGAUUUGGCUCCAUCUACUGCUGUGAAACGUGUCCAUUCAUUCUCCAUGAAAAAUGUGCUAAUCUUCCUAUGAAGAAAAGACUUGUCUUCGGCACCAGACCAUACACAUUAAUGAAAGAAACUACCCAACUUACAGACUGCACGUUGUGUGGAAUAUUUUCUGAUGGUUUCGCGUACAGCUCCCGCUGGUUGGAUGUAGAUGUGCAUUGUGGUUCCCUAAAUGAGCCGCUCGUUCAUGAUUGCCAUAUACAUCCCUUAAAUUUUGAUAAAAUGGAGGGUCACUUUUGCGAUGGAUGCAAAAAGAAUAUAGAUGAUUAUAUGCUUCGUUGUAAAGCUUGUGACUUUGAUUUGUGUUUGUAUUGUGCUACUUUGCCAAAAAAGAUAUGGCACAGGAAUGAUGGGCACCCUCUCACUUUAUGUUGUGAGGAAAAGGAAGAGGCGAGCGAUAAAUAUUGGUGCGACAUUUGUGAGAAGGAAUUAGAUCCAAGUAUAUGGUUCUAUACAUGUUUUGAUUGUGGAGUCACCUUGCAUGCUCAGUGUGUAUUAGGAGAUUUCUCACGUCUCGUGCUAGGACAAAACUAUUGGUUUGGGGAAAAAGUCAAGUUUGGGGCGGUUCCUAACAAUCGCAACACUCGGCCAUUAUGCAUCCAGUGUCAAUCUCGAUGCAAGGUCUCCGUCAUCCUAAAGGAACGUAAUGAAUACAAUCGGUAUAUAUGUUCCCGUUCAUGUUUAUUGAGUUAUUUGGGUGAAAAAAUUUGAACUUAUGUUUAAUGAUAUAAUGAGUGGUUGUAGCUAUCAUGAUUGUAUUAUUUCAUUAGCGUUUCUAUUUUUAUUUCCAAAAACUGAUAUGUAAUACAGUGUUAUUUUUGUUUUCUAAUAAAAGAUGCUUAUUUAUCAAG